CCGUUUCCUGUCUAUAGCUAUUACGGAGACGCUGUUCUCUGUCACAGCGGUUUAGCUAGCGGCUUAUUCAUGUAGCUAAUCUCCAUUAUCCAUUUAUUUAAAAAAAAAAAAGAAAAAAUCUCAAACGGGAUCAUUUGAGCGGUAUUGUGGAAAAAAGCGAGGACACGCAAAUCUGGUUCCACUGUGACACAAGUGCUCACACAUUCCUAGCUGUUAGUGUUUACACAGGACGCCUCAGCCAUGUCGUUUAUAUUUGACUGGAUCUACAAAGGCUUUAGCGGUGUGCUACAGUUUCUCGGUCUGUACAAGAAAUCCGGGAAGCUUGUGUUCCUGGGCUUGGACAAUGCUGGAAAGACGACUUUACUCCACAUGCUGAAAGAUGAUAGACUGGGACAACAUGUGCCUACGCUACAUCCUACCUCAGAAGAGCUUACGAUUGCUGGAAUGACUUUCACUACGUUUGAUCUUGGUGGUCAUUUACAAGCCAGGAGAGUGUGGAAGAACUACCUCCCAGCUGUGAACGGAAUCGUCUUUCUCGUCGAUUGCGCAGAUCAGCAGCGUCUCCUCGAGUCCAAAGUUGAGCUCGAUGCGUUGCUGUCAGACGAGACCAUAUCGAACGUGCCGGUCUUGGUGCUGGGGAAUAAAAUCGAUCGACCGGAAGCAGUGAGUGAAGACAGUCUACGGGGGAUCUUUAAUCUGAAUGGACAGACCACUGGGAAGGGAAUCGUGUCAUUGAAGGAGCUGAACGCACGGCCAUUAGAAGUCUUCAUGUGCAGCGUGCUAAAGAAGCAGGGAUACGGAGAAGGGUUCCGGUGGCUCUCGCAGUACAUUGAUUAAGUUAACGGAGGUUUCCAGUUAAAAGGACUCCUACCUCUGAGUGAUGAACAUUAAAAAAGAGAGACUGAGACUGUGAUAAAGGACUAAGGAAGAACAUGGUGUAUUAGCAUGAGAUAGUUUUUAAAAAAUUAACACACACACGCACACACACACACAGACAUGCAUUCCUUUCACCUGGAACAUUCCACCCAAAUUAUGAUUUUAAGUUAUGUUGUCUGAAGACAUUUAUAGUAUUAAAGUAUUUAACGUUGCAUUUUGGGCCUUACAGCUAUUCAUGCACCCAAACUAACAAACAAAAUGCUAUUACAUAUUUACACACAUGACCCACAUUGCUUUGAACUAUUAAAAUGAUGAGAGAAAUUACAGCGUCUCAAGUACCCCCUGGUUCUGUAUUUAAUAAGUGCAUUAAUACAGUACCAGUCAAAAGUUUGGACACCCCUACUCCUUCAUAGGUUUCUCUGGCUUGUGAUUAUUUUCUACAUUGUAGAACAGUACUGAAGACAUCAAAACUCUGAAAUAACACAUGGAACAAAUACGGAAUAAUGUGUUAGUGUUGAAAUGUUUCAUAUUUUAGAUUCUUCAAAAGCGCCAGCGUUUACCUCGAUGACGCUUUGCACGCACUUAGCAUUAUCUUAACCAGCUUCGUGAAGUCGUCCCCUGCAACGCUUUUCAAUUAAUAGCUGUGCCUUGUCAAAAGUUAAUCAGUGCAAUUUCUUACCACCUUAAUGCAUUUGAGAUCAAAGAGUAAAUAAUAAAAAUACAGUCAAUAGCCCUGUUCAACUACUGUCGUAAUCGAUGUGUCAAGAACCGCUCGACUAAGUAAGGAGAAACGACAUCCAUCAUGAAACAUCUUUCUUUUAAUUAAUAAAAAUAAAGACCACUGAAUUAGGUGUGUUCAAACUUUUGACUGAUCUUGUUCACGAACAUGUUUUGUAUUAAAACUAACAAUUCUGCUCAA